AUGGGUAACCUGAUCGACUCGGCGGUGGCCCUGUUCCCGGCCGAGCCGUGCCAGGAGUACCUGGUGGGCGACGUCCAGGACCCGCCGGCCGACCGCACGCUGGACCUGAGCGGCAGACGGCUCCGGCGGCUGCCGCCGCGGCUCUGCGCCUUCACGGCGCUGCUCCGGCUCUACCUGAGCGACAACCGGCUGAGCCGCCUGCCCGCCGAGCUGAGCCGCCUGAGCCGCCUGCACACCCUGGCCCUGGACUUCAACACCUUCAGCGAGAUGCCGCCGGCCGUGUGCCGGCUCCGGGGCCUGUCGGUGCUGUACCUGGGCAACAACCGGCUGAGCGACCUGCCGGCCGAGCUGAGCGCCCUGACCGACCUGAGGGCCCUGUGGAUCGAGACCAACCGGUUCGAGGCCCUGCCCCGGGUGGUGUGCCGGCUCCGGCGGCUCAGCGCCCUGCACGCCGGCGACAACCAGCUGUCGGCUCUGCCCGAGCAGCUCGUGCAGCUGCGGCAGCUGCAGCGCCUCUGGAUCUCCGGGAACCUCCUCAGCCACUUCCCCGCCGUUCUGCUGCGCAUGGACUCGCUGGAGCUCAUCGACGUGGACCGGAACGGGAUCCGGCUCUUCCCCAGUCUGGUCGGGCUGCCCCGGCUGCAGCUGGUGGUCUACGACCGGAACCCGUGCACCAACGCCCCCCGCGUGGCCCCGGGGGUCAGGAGGGUCGGCAGGUGGGCAGCCGACUCGCCGCCGUCGACGUCGCCGCCGCCGCGCCGGGGGCGAGGGGCCGGGGCCCCGCCUCCCGAGAGCCGAGACGUCGAAGCGGCCGAGAAGGUUUAA